AUGAGACACUCAUGGCUUUAUUCAGUCUGUAUUGGCCUCUUUUUUCUCGUUUCCUCGGCAUUUUCUCGAGACGACCUGGGCAUCGGAAAUGGAACCUUUGAUCUUACUAUCGCCAACUUUGACUUAUCGAUUGCCCGUGACGCACAGGUUCUAGUGUCUCUUCGACCGAGCGGAGACAGCUUCGAUUUCCUGCCGUUUGACAAACUACAGGAUCGAGCCUUCAACGGCCAGUAUCACUGGGGAGACCUUACGUAUCGCUACCGCGUUCAAGGCGAGGCAAAUUGGGUGGAUGGUGAUACCGCCCAGAAUAGAAAAGCUCUUACAGAGAGCAAGCACGCGAACGAUGUUUUGAAAGCAUCUGGCCUGUCGCCAACUCUUCCGAACGGGCCCCUCCAGAUAAUCCGAGAAUGGAUGGACGUGGACGGAGAUCUCGGUUUACGGUUUACCGUCCGCAACACGGGAGAGUCUAGCGUUGAGAUCGGCAGUCUCGGCUUCCCGGCGACUUUCAACAAUAUUUUCACUGGACGCACCCCGGAAGAUGCUCAAAAACUGUGUUCGUUGUCUCAGCCAUACAUCGGGAUGGAUGCUGGGCAAAUACGCGUCACCCCAAUCCGGGGCGAUGGGACGACUCUCGUGGUGACUCCACUAAUCAAUACUACAUCAUCGUUUGAGGCAUAUCGAUUCCUUUCGGAGCCAUAUUUCGACUCGACCCGAUACCAAACUCACGAAUAUGAAGGCAACUACGAAUGGCAAGUGUUGACAAAAGCCUGGGCUGAGAAGGAGUGGGCCGAUCAAGACCCUUGGAAUAGCCCCUCUUCCAUGAUAAUCAAGGCGGGGGAAGAGGCACGCUUCGGGCUUCGGUUUUCUCUUUCGCUUCAAGGCGUAAGAGGUUUCGAUAAAGCUGUUCGCAAGACUGGUAUGCCUGUUGCUAAGAGCGUACCAGGCUAUAUCCUGCCGAGGGAUCUUCCAGGAAAGCUCUUUAUUCAGUCUGAUUCCGAGAUUGUUUCUAUCAUCGCCGAUCCCGAAAACGCAUUGAGUGUGACAAGGGAUGGUCUUCACGAAUAUAGCAUUACACCUUCGGACUCUGCGUGGGGGAGAGCAAGGGUGCAGCUUGAAUACCGAGACGGCAAGACCCAGACAAUACACUACUACAUUGUUAAGGCCACAGUCGACGCCAUUUCGGAUAUGGGGAGCUUCCUGACCAAAAACGCAUUGUUCAAUGACUCCUCUGAUCCGUUCUUGAGGUCGCCCUCAAUUAUGAAUUACGACCAUGAGGAAGGGCAUAUCCUAGACCAAGAACCGAGAGUCUACCUCUCCGGACUCAGUGAUGAAGCUGGCACGGGGGCGUACUUGGCAGCCUUCAUGAAACAGAUUAUCCAACCCAAUAUGGCUGAGCUAGAAGUUCUCAAUGCCUUUGUCGACGAAGUCAUGUCAACAAAUUUGCAACGCGAAGACAACGCUAUCAGGAAGUCACUCUUUUUCUAUGAACCAGAUAAACUUCCACAGUAUAAAUACGAAGAGGCUGACUGGAGCCAGUGGGGAUCGUGGAACAAAGAAGCGUCAUACCUUGUCGACCGGGCCUAUAACUACGUACAUCCAGCUGCGGCGUACUGGGCACUCUAUCGUGUUUCGAGGUCUUAUUCGGAUGUAACCACUCAUGACUGGGACUGGUACUUGAAAAGAGCUCAUCAAACCAUUAUGCGUUCUAUCAAGAAUGAUGUCCUCUAUAACGACCUUGGUCUGAUGGGUGAAACGGUAUGGGGUGAGAUUCUAUUGGACCUACAGCGCGAAGGUCUUGAUAUAGAGGCAAGAGAGCUAGAGGAAGCCAUGAGGAAUAGGUCGAGUCACUGGAAUGCUGUUUCUUACCCAUAUGGGAGUGAAGCACCGUGGGACUCGACAGGCCAGGAAGGAGUAUAUUAUUGGGCCAAGUAUUUUGGACUUUCGACCCUUACAGAGAAAACUGUCAACAGUGUCCUGGGCUUCAUGCCCAGCAUCCCGCACUGGGCAUGGCAUGGGAAUGCCCAUCGAUAUUGGGACUUCUCAAUCGCUGCCAAAAUAAAGACCUUUGAGCGUCAAGUUCACCAUUAUGCCUCCGCUCUCAACGCUCAAGUCUUACUGAGUGCUUUCAGGGACGACCCUUCUGAUACGUACCUCCUUGACAUCGGCCACGGCGGUAGCUUUGCACCGCUCUCCAAUAUUCAUCAAGAUGGAUUCCCCAGCGCAGCGUUCCAUUCUUUCCCCGAGCUGCUGACAUGGGAUUCAUACCUCAGUGAUUAUGGUCAGGGUUUCUUGGGCCUAUCGCUUGCGGCUGGGACUUAUAUCGCUGAGGACCAAGAUAUAGGCCUUGUGGCUUACGGGGGUAUUCUGAACAGAGCUCAAGGGACAGUAUCGGUUGAACCCCGCGACCCUUCUAGAAAGAGGAUUUUUAUCGGUCCUCUGAAAACAAUGAUUACCAUUGAGACGGGUAUUAUCGAGAAGCUUGUAUACGACGAGUCUGGUCGUUCCAUUUCGUUCACAAUUUCUCAACUACCCGAUGCUCCUAGUGCCAAAGAUACCAUUAUGCGCAUAGAUUUUGUGUCUGGAAGCAAUUGGGAAUUGCGGGAUACGAGUACUGAAAAGGCUCGGGGAGGUUGGAAAGUUCCAUUGCUAAAGUCGGAAUCAGUGCAGGUGGAGCUCUAUCGGGAAUAG